AUGCAUGGCACUGCUACGCUGGCCAGCUUGACCGCGUCCCGCCUCGUCGUCUCCUUGCUGGUCCUGUUCUCCUGGUGUCAUGGGGUCGAUGCAGCGUUCUACAGCUCGCAGAGGAAGGCAGAAUUGCGCGAGAUGGCGGCAGAGACUUGGAGGCACGCCUACAACUCGUACAAGCGUGUCGCCUUUCCCGCCGACGAGCUGCUUCCCCUCUCCUGCGGCAAGCAGGGCCAUGACCGAUCGAAUCCGAACAACGGGGCCGUCAACGAUGUCCUGGGCGACUAUGCCUUGACACUGGUCGACUCACUGGACACUUUCGCCAUGCUCAACGACAAGUUCGCCUUUGAGCAGGCGAUUAGGGAGACGAUCGAGCACGUCUCGUUCGACGUCGACUCGCGGGUUCAGGUCUUCGAGGUCACGAUCCGCAUGAUGGGCGGCUUGCUUUCCGGCCACCUCCUCGCCAUGCCCGGCACCUAUAACCGUUCCGACCCGUCCACGUAUCAUUCUUCGAUCCGCGGCUUCUCCCUGCCGUGGUACCGCUCCGAGCUCCUCCACAUUGCGCACGACCUCGGCCGACGACUGCUGCCGGCAUUUGAAACGCCGACGGGGAUUCCGUUUGCACGGGUGCACCUGCAGAGGGGGUUGAGGGGAAAAGGCGGGAAGGGUGAGAGUGGAGAGACGUGCAGCGCUGGCGCCGGCUCUCUCCUCCUCGAGUUCAUCACCCUCUCGCGCCUCACCUCCGAUCCCACCUUCGAAGCUCUCGCUCGUCGCGCCUUCUUAGCCAUUUGGGACCGACGAAGCGACAUCGGCUUGAUCGGCAACACGAUUGAUGCGAGGAGCGGAGCGUGGAUGCAUGGUGCGGCUGGGACGGGCGCCGGGAUUGAUUCGUUCUACGAAUACGCCGCAAAAGCCUACGUGUUGACGGGCGAAGAGGACUACUUUCGAGUGUGGGAGGCCGGGUACGCUGCACUGCAGCGGUACGUACGGACCGGCGACGGGUUCUGGUACCGCGGCGCCAAUAUGCAGACCGGCCAACUCACCUCGGUCCUUGUCGACUCGCUCGCGGCGUUCAUGCCCGGCGUACAGACCUUGAUGGGCGACCUUGACUCAGCCACUCGCUCGCAUGCGCCUUACGCUUUCCUCUGGCUGCGUUACGGUGGUCUGCCGGAGCUGUACGAUACCCAUCGGAGACAGGCUGUCCAGCUAGGGUAUCCUCUGCGACCCGAGUACAUCGAGUCGAACAUGUACCUCUACCAGGCGACCAAGGACGACUGGUACCUCGAGCUCGCCGAGCAAGUCUUGCACGACAUCAACAACAAAACUCGCGUUGACUGCGGUCUCGCGGCGGUGUUCAACCUCGAGACGGGCAAGUUAGAAGACAAGAUGCCGAGCUUUGUGACCUCCGAGACGCUCAAGUACCUGUACCUGACGUUUGACGAGAACUCGCCCUUCCUGCGUGACGACUCAGCCUUUGUCUUUACAACCGAGGGCCACCCUCUCGAGAUCCCUCUUCCGCCGUUCGACUCAGUCUCCCGCCCGUCUCCAUCUCCGCCCGCCAACUCGCCCUCGACCCCAACUUCGGCACUCACCUGCGCCGCUCACGAGCCAGUCUACGACCAACGACACGCGCACUUCCUCUCGCUCUCGAUGAAUCAGCGCGUCGAUUGGGAGCACGCGCGUUGGCUCGCCGGGUACCAGCCGCAAGACGAGCAGCGCGAGGUCGACGAAGGGAGGUGGACUCGGAACGGCUGGUGCGAGAUGCCGCUUGGCGAGGAUCCUGUUGUCGCUUCCGCUCGCUUCGUCGACCCGCUGCAAACCAUCCGCGCGCUCGUCCUUAACUACCUCCGUUCCGCCGCAUCCGUCACCUCGAACAUCCUACCCGGUCUUGCGCCUUCCGCUCUUUCCGUCUCCCUCACCCCGUCCGCCGAUGCCGCGCCUCCUUCUCUCCCCGCCGAACCUUCGCUUCCGCCCUCUCCGAAUCCUCCGGCAUUCCUCCUCGACCAAAGCAUCGAGCUCCUCUUUGCCCCCUCAACAAGCCACGAAAUCACCCACCCUCGAUCCUCGCAACUAAGUCCCCACCCAACCGGUUCAGGCGACAUCAUCGUCCACUCGAUCAACGGUCUGCGAUUCACGCUCGUCCGUGCGUCAACGAGCGGAACGGCUGGGUACGUCGUGAGUAAAGUCGGGCCGCUGGUGGUCCCACCUGGACGGAGCGUCGUGAUUCGUGAUCAGGCGGUGCUGGCGGGGUUGCCGCAGAAGAAACCGGAUAGGAUCAAGGUGGUUGCGAGAGUUGGGGAGGGGGAUGAGCCGCCGAGCGGGGUGGAGGAGGAGAAGCAGGGUGGGAAUGGGAAGCUGGAUGCGAUUUGGGACAAGCUUGUACAUCCGCUUGGUGGUGGGUCGUCGGCCAGCGAGUGCUCCAGCGCAGACGCCGACUGCCCCGACGCCGCUCCAACAACCCUCCACAUCCCCGCCCUCGCCGCCUCCUUCGGUCCGUCGAUCGUCCACCGUCCCUCCGACACGAUUCCCUUAGGCCUAACACCCUUCAUGCUCGACGGCCCCGCGCUUCCGCUCGUCCUCCCCUCAGUCGACAUCUACGGCUGCUCGGCCCUCCACCCUCCCCCUUCCUCCUCCUCCUCCUCUCCCUCCCUGCUCCUCUUACAUCGGGGGCACUGUUCCUUCGCUCUCAAAUCACACAACGCAGCACUCUCUUCCUACGCCGGCGUCGUACUCAUCUCCUCUCCUUCUGCAACGGACGAAGAGGGAGAAGAGGGAGAGGGGUUUGUUGUGCCUAGUGCGGAUGAGAGGGAGGAGGAGGAAGAGACGAUGAGGAGUUUGGUGCCGCUUGUACUGGUGGGGAAUUCGACGGGGGCGGUGUUGGAGGGGUUGGUUAGGAGCGUGGAGGCUGCGGGUGAGAGAGGAGAGGGGGGAGCCGGGCUGGUUGUACAGGACGAGGAGCGGGACAGCGGCGCAGGUACGACGACGCCCCGCCGACACGUCUGGAUCUCGAUCACGCACGCGGAGGAGGACGAAGAAGAGGAAGAAUCGGCUGCGGGACUGAUGCUCGGCGGGUACCUCGUGCGCAACAUCAAGCUGCAUGGGUCGAGUCGAAGAGCAGCAGCGGCGGGAGGGUCGGUACCUUAG